UUAAACUAGUAAAGUCUAUGUUUCAACUUUCAGUUAGAUAUACGUCAAUCGGUCAAUGGUUUGAGAAUAAAUGAAUGACAUGUAGCAUUUGUAGCAAAUAAUGCAUUAAUAACAAAUAAUAAUAGUAAUAAUAAAAAAGUUGUAAAAUAUAUAUUUAAAAAAUGAACAUCACGCUUACCAGCUUGGAAGCUUUAAUAUUAAAAGCAACUCAUGAAACUUUGCCACAACCCGAUGCCGCAGCUUUGGAAGCCUUUUGUGUGGUGAUGCGGGACUCCACAGAUGGUCCACAGCUAGCAGCACAGGCACUAGCUGCUCGAAUUCACUCGACAAAUGCUCGGGAGGCUUUGUUAGCGCUCACAAUGCUAGACAGAUGUAUGCGUCGCUGUGAUUCUAAUUUUCACGCUGAAGUUGGGAAAUUUAGAUUUUUAAAUGAGAUGAUUAAAUUAGUAUCACCAAAAUAUUUCGCAGAUAGAACAGCCCCGGAGGUUCGGACGAGGGUUCUUCAGCUACUUCAUGCCUGGUCUAUAGAAUAUCCAAAAGAAACAAAAUUUAAAGUGGCAUUUGAUAUGCUUAAAAACCAAGGUGUAAUAAAAGAAACUCCACCACCGUUACCCCCCGAGGACAACCCUUCUACCAUUAGGGCAAGGACCAAAUCUGAAAUAUUUGAAGAUGAAGAAAAAUCUAAGUUACUACAAAAACUGCUUCAAAGCAAAAAACCAAAAGAUUUGCGACAUGCAAAUAGGUUAAUCAAAUCAAUGGUUGAAGAAGAGGAAAGACGCUCUGAAGCUAACAGUUUCAGAAUACAGGAAGUCAAUGCUGCAUUAGACAGUGCUGGUUUACUGAGAGACAUGUUAGAGCAUGCAGAGAAUGCAUCCUCCGAUGAGGUGCAACUGAUUCAUGAGUUGUAUGCCAGCUGUGCUCGACUGCGUCCUGUGCUGCAUCAACUAGCUACCCGAUUCGUACCAGAAGAGCAUUUUAAUGACGUAAUACAGGCUAAUGAAUUACUUAAUGAAGUAAUUACAAAUUAUCACAGAUUUGUUGAUGAAAUGAAGACAAAGUCUAAAAUAGCUAAGAAAGAAGUACAAACGGCAAAUGGUGAUAGUUUGUUAGAUUUUGCAGGAGCGAACACUAGCAGGUGUGAGGGGGAUAAACCAAAGAAUAAGGGAAAUAAUGCUGUGAUUGAUGAACUAGGUGAUAUUUUCUCAAGUGAAAGUUCUACUAGUACCAUAGCAGAGCCUAUGAAACCUGUUAAUUUAAUGUCAAGUGAGGAUGCAGAGCUAUUAGGUGAGAAGAAUAAAAAAGUAGAAGCCUGGCAUGAACUGGAUUCACUUAGUGAGCAAUUGUUGAAACAAUCAUUACCGGGAAAUGCGAAACGCUUAGAUAAUUUUAAUUGUAAACACACAAAGAAAAUACCAAUGAAUGCACUGGAGAAAUCUUCUCCUGUACAUGAACUACAAAAUAACAGUGCAUUAUUAGACUUGGAUUUCUUUACAAAAAAAUCGGAGGAGGGGCAUACAUUGUCACCUAUCCCACAUUCUUCUAAGUCAACCAGUCCUAAUGACGACGUUAUGGUUGACAUCAGUUCUGAUGACAAAUGCAAACCGUUAAAUAUAUUAAGUAAUGAUUUCAGCUUAAAAUCCGAUUCACAAGAUAAUAUAUCACAUUUAAGACUACUGCUAGAAAAUGACGCCAAAAUCAAUAAUUUGCCUGUAGAAAGUAAAGAAAAUGCAAAUGAUGGUCAAAAAGAAAGUCUUAAAAAUAAAAUAAGUGACAUAAAACCACUGACUGAUAUUGAUUUGACUAUACAAAGCGUUCAUCCAAGUAAGAUUUCUCCGUUGACUGUUUUCGAAGAAGAAAAUGGACUAACAGUGGUCCUACAUUUCUGUAAAGAUAAACCGAGACCCGAUGUUAAUGUCAUUGUAGUUUCAACUACAAGUAAAAAUAGUUACCCCAUAGAGGACUUCAAGUUUCAAGUGGUCGUGCCUAAGGGCUGGCGCGCGCGGCUGCUGGCGCCGUCGGGCCGCUCGCUGCCGCCGCGCAGCCCCUUCGCGCCGCCGCCGGCGCUCACGCAGCUGCUGCUGCUGGCGCGCGCCGCCCCCGUCGCCACGCCCCUCGCCGCGCCCCUCGCCACGCCCCUCCCCGCGGCGCCCCCGCCGCUGCGCUUCGUGCUCUCCUACUCCGUCGCCGGCGACUCCUGCUCGGAGAUCGGCGAGGCCGUCUUGCCGCCUCUGAACGUCGACUGAGCGGCGCGACAUUCCAUUUAGUUAAGUUUACUUGUCGUUCGGCUUACUUGUAGCGCGUGACACGACUGGCGUGUCGUUCGUGCCCGGUUGCUAGAUUUAAAAAAUUAUUCAUUUUGCUUACGAACUGUUCAAAAAGUGUCUCGUUCGAAAUUUAACGAUCGAGUCGAGUAACCGGACUUUUAAAUGCGUAGCGUGUGACACGGCAGUCGUGGUCUUCUUACGCUAUUACUCAAUUUUUGUUUCGAAAGCUUUAUUGAAAUAAAUAUUUAUUUCUCAAACGGGCCUCGAUUAUAUGUUAAAUGAAUCUGACAAUAGAGCUUGAUAAAAAUACUCGCUUCUUCUGAACGAUAUCUCACGUACGUUCUAUUUUCUGUGCACGGCUGCUCUAAAUUGCACUGUGUUUGUUUAACAAACUUCCUCUGCAUAUAGUGGACCUUUGUUUACGUAAUCGCUUGCAUUUUAUGCUGAUUAGUUCUAGUCUGUGAAUAAGGUUCCAAUACCUAUUUUGUCAUAUGUGAAUCUAAUCGAUCUGAAUUAUUUAGAAAGGUAUUAAGAUGGCGCAACAUUUCUAAUAUAGAAUUGUUAUUAUUAUAGUGAUAUCACAAAAACUGCAUUUAUUGUAUACAAUUUAUUGUUAGAUACUUAUUUGUUUAUAUUCGAUUGCUGUGCAAUAUAUGAUACUUAAUAGAAUAUAUGUCCUUAACAUUAUAAUAUUAUUUAUAUUAACGGAAGAAUAAAUGAUAUCUGCUUA